AUGACUAAAAGCUUACCCUCACGAAGAAAUGCGAUUUCACUAACUAGUGGCAGUGCUCUUGCCAAAUUGGCAUUUAUUUUCUCCAACUUGACCAAGUUGGUUGGGGCUAUACCGAUCUUUGCCCGCGAGGCCGAGGCACCCCUUAGCCACAACGACAUCCUGGCCCAAAGCAUGACCACCGAGCAGUUCUACCUGAACCUCCUCAUCUCCAUCGUACUCGUGCUAGCAGGAGGUGUUUUUGCCGGUUUGACCCUUGGUUUGAUGGGUCAGGACGAAGUCUAUUUGAAGGUCAUCAUGACCUCGGGUGAACCCCACGAGCGUAAGUACGCUCGCAAGGUGUUGAAGCUCAUUGGCCGUGGUAAGCACUGGGUGUUGGUGACCCUCUUGCUCUCCAAUGUUAUCACCAACGAGACAUUGCCUAUUGUGUUGGACCGUUGUUUGGGUGGUGGCUGGCCUGCAGUGGUGGCCUCCACCGCCUCUAUUGUUGUUUUCGGAGAAAUCAUUCCCCAGUCCAUCUGUGUCAGAUACGGCUUACAGGUGGGCGCCAUGUUUGCGCCAUUCGUGUUGGUCUUGAUGUACAUCAUGUACCCUGUGGCCUACCCUUGUGCCCUUUUGCUAGACCACAUUUUGGGAGAGGACCACGGUACUGUCUACAAGAAAUCGGGGCUUAAAACUUUAGUGACCUUACACAAAACUAUGGGUGUGGAACGGUUGAAUCAGGACGAAGUCACCAUCAUCAGUGCUGUUUUGGAUUUGAAGGAAAAACCUGUCAGCCAUAUCAUGACUCCUAUCGACCGUGUCUACACCAUGAGUGCUGACACCAUUUUGGACGAGAAAACGGUGGAGGAGAUCUUCAACGCUGGAUUCUCAAGAAUUCCUAUUCACUUGCCAAACGAGCCCUUGAACUUCAUCGGAAUGUUGCUCGUGCGUGUGUUGAUUAGUUACGACCCUGAAGAUGCUUUGCCUGUCGCUUCAUUCCCGUUAGCCACUUUACCUGAGACUGGUUUGAACACCUCCUGUUUGAACAUCUUGAACUACUUCCAAGAAGGUAAAUCCCACAUGAUUGUCGUUAGUGAAACUCCUGGAGGUGCCUCUGGUGCCAUUGGUGUGUUGACUUUAGAGGACGUCAUCGAAGAAUUGAUCGGCGAGGAAAUUGUCGACGAGUCUGACGUUUACAUUGACAUCAACAAGAAUAUCAAAAGAACUCAACCAGGUCCUUUGUCGAAGAGAAAUUUGACCGUUUACUUGAGAAAUUUGUACCAGUCCACCAACAACUCCAAAAGAAAUUCCAUUGAUGGGCCAGCGUUCUCCAUCAACCGGGAGGAAGUGCCUGAAGCCACUGUGGAUUCGGCAAAGAACUGGAAGCCCAAAAACCCUGCAUUGAACCCAUUGGAUAUUAACAAGCCUUUUGUCACCAUUAAAAGAACUACCGCCGAGACCAUAAAUUCUGUGUUGCCCGGACCUAAGAGACAAGUGCCGAAUGGUACGGGUGCUAAAAACUAUGGAGACAUCCACACCAGUGAGCAAGGCGCCAUUCUUGAGGCUGCCAGAAGAAACUCGCAAUCCAUGGAGGAAAACUUCUUGUUGCCUGAUGAAAGAGAAGCUGAUAUUUCGGACAUCAAGGAUGCCCACAAGAAUGAGUUGCUCCUGGCUGCGGAAGCCCUCGAGGUUCCCGAGUACCAGGAAGCCCGUUCCUACAGAACUGGUGGUAUUAUCGAGUCCGUUGUCAAUGUCCAGGGUGUCCACAAGACUAUUAUCGAACACGUCAGUGAUGAAGAACACGAUGUACUCGAUAUUGACCAGCUCGAAAACGCAAGCAAGCACCUGUCGGCGUCUUCAUCCACCAACACCAGCAGCAAGCGCAAGAAGAAGAGAAGCCAACUGUUCAACAUGAACAGCUACCACGGCAACGGGUCUGCCAACGAUGCCGGGGGUAAGGAGGAUGACUCGCUCUUGUCAUAA